CAAUUCAAAAACAUUUACAAGAAAAUGGAUUAACUGAAAGAACUUAUGAAAAUACUGGAUGCAUAUCUAAAUUAAAAAGUAAAGUACAUCUUGAUUCUAGUAUUACAUUUCUGGUUAAAUGCUUUUUAGAACAGUAUGGAAUAAAUAAUGGACUUCCUUCUCCUAUGAGAUAUAAAAAUGAAUCAGAACCUUUUAUUUAUUUACCAACUGGAAACACGUAUACUUCAGUUUAUAACGAAUUCAAAAAAUCUUUUUAUAAAGAAAAUGGUAAAAAUAUGAAAGUUAUUUCCUAUUUUACAUUUAGAAAACUUUGGUAUGAGAUAAUUCUUUAUGUCAAAUUUCAACCACCUGCAAGUAAUCUUUGCGAAGUUUGUGAAACUUUUAAAGCUAAAUUAGUAGUAGCAAAAUCGGAUAUAGAAGAAUAUAAUCAAAUUAAAAGUAUGUAUGAUCAGCAUCGUAUUGCAGCAGAUCGAGAAAGGCAACAUUAUAAUGAUAAUAUAGCUAAGA